CUAGAAUGAGUACUAGGAAAAAAGUUCAUGCAUUUGUCCGUGUCAGACCCACCGAUGACUUUGCUCAUGAAGUGAUCAGAUAUGGAGAUGACAACAAAAUGGGGGAAACAAGACAGACAGCACCCUGCAAACUAGGAUGAGACAUACUGAAACUAAGCAUUGAUAUUCACUUAAAAAAAGAUACUCGGAGGGGAGUUGUCAAUAACCAGCAGACAGACUGGUCUUUCAAGCUGGAUGGAGUUCUCCAUGAUGCCUCUCAGGACUUGGUUUAUGAGACAGUUGCGAAGGAUGUGAUUUCUCAGGCCCUCGAUGGCUAUAAUGGCACCAUCAUGUGUUAUGGGCAGACGGGAGCUGGCAAGACAUACACCAUGACGGGGGCAACUGAGAAUUACAAGCACCGGGGGAUCCUCCCUCGUGCUCUACAGCAGGUUUUUAGGAUGAUUGAAGAACGCCCCACACAUGCCAUCACUGUGCGUGUUUCCUACCUGGAAAUCUAUAAUGAGAGCCUGUUUGAUCUUCUGUCCACUCUGCCCUAUGUUGGACCCUCAGUCACACCAAUGACCAUCGUGGAAAACCCUCAAGGGGUCUUCAUUAAGGGCUUGUCAGUCCACCUCACAAGUCAGGAGGAAGAUGCAUUCAGCCUCCUUUUCGAGGGAGAGACCAACAGGAUUAUAGCCUCCCACACGAUGAACAAAAACUCAUCCAGGUCACACUGCAUUUUCACCAUCUACGUGGAGGCCCAUUCACGGACCUUAUCAGAUGAAAAGUACAUCACUUCCAAAAUUAACUUGGUGGAUCUAGCAGGCUCGGAAAGGCUGGGGAAGUCUGGGUCAGAGGGCCGAGUCCUGAAGGAAGCUACCUACAUCAACAAGUCGCUGUCAUUCCUGGAGCAGGCCAUCAUUGCCCUUGGGGACCAGAAGCGGGACCACAUUCCCUUCCGGCAAUGCAAGCUCACCCAUGCCCUGAAGGACUCUUUAGGGGGAAAUUGCAAUAUGGUUCUUGUGACAAACAUCUAUGGAGACGCCGCCCAGUUAGAAGAAACGCUGUCUUCACUGCGAUUUGCCAGCAGGAUGAAGCUUGUCACCACUGAGCCUGCCAUCAACGAAAAGUAUGACGCUGAGCGAAUGGUCAAGAACUUGGAGAAAGAACUGGUGCUGCUCAAGCAGGAGCUAGCUAUCCAUGACAGCCUGGCUAACCGCAGCCUUGUGAACUACGAUCCCAUGGAUGAAAUCCAGAUUGCCGAGAUCAACUCCCAAGUGCGGAGGUACCUGGAGGGGACGCUGGACGAGAUCGAUAUAAUCAACCUCAGACAGAUCCAGGAGGUGUUCAACCAGUUCCGGGUGGUUCUGAGCCAACAGGAACAGGAAGUGGAGUGCGCUUUGCGCAGGAAGUACACUUUCAUAGACAAGAAUGACUUUGCAGCCAUUUCUGCUGUCCAGAAGGCAGGGCUUAUGGACGUUGAUGGCCACCUAGUGGGCGAGCCUGACGGACAAGGCUUUGGACUCGGGGUUGCCCCUUUCUCUGCCAAACCUGGGAAGAAAGCCAAGUCCAAGAAGACAUUCAAAGACCAACUCAGCUCCUCAGCAAGAAAGGAAGGUGCCAGCAGCCCUGUGGGUGGCAAGGACUUGGAUGUUUCUAUCUCUAAGACUCAGCUGACCCCAUCCUCCAAGGAUGGGGAUGUCAAAGACAUGCUUCUGCGGGACCGGGAGACCUCCAACAUCGAGCCCCCUUCCUCGGACUCCCCAAAGGAAGAAUUACGCCCACCCAGGCCUAGCACCCCACCCUCCAAGCCUGUGGCCUUUGAGGACUUUAAGAACGAGCGAGGUAGUGAGAUUAACCGCAUCUUCAAAGAAAACAAAUCCAUCUUAAAUGAGCGGAGGAAAAGGGCCAGCGAGACCACACAGCGCAUCAAUGCCAUCAAGCGGGAGAUUGACAUGACCAAGGAGGCGCUAAAUUUCCAGAAGUCACUAAGGGAAAAGCAAGGUGAGUAUGAGAACCAGGGGCUGAUGAUCAUUGAUGAGGAGGAGUUCCUGCUGAUUCUGAAGCUCAAAGACCUCAAGAAGCAGUACCGUACUGAGUAUCAAGACCUGCGUGACCUCAGGGCUGAGAUCCAGUACUGCCAGCACCUGGUGGAUCAGUGUCGCCACCGCCUGCUCACAGAAUUUGACAUCUGGUACAAUGAGUCCUUCUUCAUCCCUGAGGACAUGCAGGUGGCACUAAAGCCGGGUAGCAGCAUCAGACCGGGCAUGAUACCUGUCAGCAGGAUCAUGUCUCUGGGAGAAGAUGACCAGGACAAGUUCAGCCAGCUGCAGCAGACAAUGCUGCCCGAGGGCCCUGAUUCCAUCUCCUUCUACAAUGCCAAAGUCAAAACGGAACAGAAGCACAAAUAUUUGAAAACCAUGAUGGGUCUCCAGCAGACACAGAGAAAAUAAAGACUCAUUGCCAGUGCCUUGAAGGACAAGACCCCCAGCAACUCCUGCCUGCUCUAGUGGAGCUGCUAAACCACCUGCUCAGAGCUCCAACCACUCUGCUCCAAGGCUGGGGCCCAGCCCAGAACACACAAUGACCUGCCUGCCAGGAGGAACGUCCUUCAAAGGACACCCUUGCUUAUCUUCUCAGAAUACUUUUGGUUUCAGUUUACUGGCUUUGGUGCAGGGAUAGGAUAAAAUCACUUUCUAGUCUGGACUUUUAGUGCUCAUCCAAGAACUUUAUUUCCUGUCUGUGAGGAUGUCUUCCCUGUGUACAGGUGGGGUCAGAAUUGAGUCCCCAGUAAAAAAGUGAAAAAGUAGCUCAGCCAGGCUCCUCCUGGCAGGCCUUUGUCCCACUUGUCAGCUUCUUUCCUUUCCUGAAUGGACAUCCUUGGGGUGAGCUGGGUCUGAGGAACCCUGGUUUUCACAGCUCCCUCAGACUGUAGGUCCUCUCAGGGCAUCCUCUCUGUGUUCCUGAGCCAGUGAAGGCAAGAGGCCCUCAUUCCUUAGUAACCAGGAGAGGAUUGGGUCUCGGUUUAAAUGGCUGAAAGGCCACCAUUCUUUUUUUUUUCAUCUUGAAGUAAGAAGAGGCUUCAGAUGAGAGCAGUCCUACCAUGAAGUUUGCAGCAAGAGCCCCACAGUGUGAGGCUGUCUGGCAAGGAGAUUGCAGAACCUGCACCAGAAGGAAGGUUGAACUAAAUGACAUCCGCCAGUGAAAGACCCUGUGAUUCUGUUCUUCAGUCCAUCAGUGAGCAGAUGGAUAGUUUUGUUGAAGAGACAAAGGAGGCUUCUCUUAAGGUCUCUGCUGUCUCUGCUGUCCAGACCCUUUCUCUUUCAUGGACUGAUACAUGAUGUCCUGACACAGCUUUUAGGGACUCCUGCUACACCAAGGUUUUCUAGGGCAGCUUUGAAGUCCCCCGACUUCACUCCCCUAGGUGACAUACACAGGGACUGUCACUGACCAGCACUAAUGGUGUGCACACAGCUGUGUUGUGAGUCCUCAUGUUUCCUUUGGUUGUGGCCAAACAGGCAGGUCUGCCCAGGCUCUGCUGCUCACCUUGCCAGCUAUUGCAGGGCUUAGGCAGAGAGUUCUGAUUCUUUCUUUUCUUGGCUGUGCCUCCCUUACUGGGACUUUUUUGGGGUUCCUGGGUCUUUGGGGCAUCUCAGGAAAUAGGACAUAACCAACAGAGGGUGCAUCAUCUUGUUGGGGCCAGGGGAAGCAGCCAUUUGUGGCAUUAUCAAUCCCCUUUCCCUUCAUUCCCCAUCACUGGCUAGAAUGGCAUGUGGCAUUCUGGACAUCCUUCCAUAGAAUUUCUGGACAGCCAGUCUUGAGGCCUGCUGGUUGGGGCAAGCUGGGCCUCUCUUGUGGUGGUUGGUCACUCUAGCUCAUUCAUCACCACAUAGGCCUCUCUGGUCAGUUCUGGCACAAACUGAAACAAGUAAUCAUCAGGGUGGAGAAAGCCACAGGAAUAAGCCAGGAUGGUGCUCGGUAGAUCACUGUCCACACAAAUUCCUCACAGGAGCAGAUGCUUCCAACAUGACAGGGAGCUAGGGGGCAUCAUGUCCAGUCAGGUAGGCCUGUUCUAGAAAAUAGUUCCUGCUGAGCUAAUCUGACCAUCAAAAUCACCCCUGAAGGGACUUCCAAUUCCAUCAAUGUGACAGAUAAAAUAACCUGAAAACACUCAUACUGCAAACAGAGAUGCUGGCUGAAGUAUGACAGUCUUUUAAAUGCAAGGCUAAAUUAGCAGGAAAGAAGAGGAACUGCCAGGAGCUAGAGAACUGAAAACCAGAGUGGUCCGUGUGUGAAGUGGCUGUGGCAGCUAGAGAUGGGUAGAAGGUGUGUGAGUAGAUUGCUUCUCUUGAGCGUUAAUGUCCACAUAAGUAUGAGAGAUAAGACUUUGGCCCACUCCCUAUAAGAAGUUGGAAAUGGGACCCCCUGCAUAAAACUGGCACCCUGACACCCUGAAGGCUUCAUCCUUGAUGAAGAGGUGAGCUGGAAAAAGUUCCCCCACUGGCAUGGAGAAAUAACAAGGAAACUUUCCCAGAGAUAAGAGGGAACAGGUCCUGUGAGAAUUUGCAACCACGCACAGGAUUGAGAUGCAAAUUUAUACUGUGUGGUCCAGGAACCAAAAGGCUGAGAAAUUAG